AUGGUCGUAGAUAGCCAGCCAACUCCAGCUUUGGAAGAGGAGAAGGCUUGUGAGACGCUGUACAUCCAAAACCUCAAUGAGAAGAUCAAGCCAGAAGUGCUGAAAGCCUCUUUACGUGGCCUCUUCAAAUCGUACGGCGAGGUUCUCGACGUCGUCGCGCACAACAACCUUCGUAUGCGAGGACAGGCGUUCGUAUCGUUUGCAUCGCCGGAAGUAGCUAAGAAAGCGAUGAAGGAAGUGCAGAGGUUUCCGUUGUAUUCCAAGCCUAUGCAAAUUUCGUUUGCGAAAACCCGUUCAGACGCUGUAGUGAAGCGCAUUGAUGGUGCAAAUUUCGAUGGGCACAAGGCGACGAGGGAUGAAAACAAGAAGAAGACGCGAUACACCAACCCCGUUAAAUCCAAAUUCAGAGCCAAGAGGCUUGCUGCAGAGAUUGACGGUGCUGCUGCCCUGCCGGCCGUCAAGCGUCCCAACGUCCAAAUGCCCGACGAGUACCUCCCCCCAAACAAGAUUUUGUUCUUGCAAAACCUACCGGAGAGCGUUACGAAGGAACAACUUUUGGGUUUGUUCUCCCAGUACCCCAACCUCUACGAAGUCCGUCUUAUCCCGACAAAGCGCGACAUUGCCUUCGUCGAGUACAUGGACGAGGGCAGCGCUGGUGUCGCUAAGGAUGCCCUACACAACUUCAAGCUGGAUGGCGAGAACAAAAUCAAGAUCACGUACGCCAGGAAGUAAGCUUCAUCCUUCCCAUAUCGCUGUCAGCGGAGAGAGGCGUAAUACAUCCCAG